AGCGGGAGCUGCAGAACUUGGCGUGUGCGAGGUGCGGGCGGUCCCGCACUGCUGCGGCUGCCCGGGCAGCGCCGCUGCCUCGCCGGGAGCGCUCCCGGCCCCGCUCCCGCCGCCGCCCCCCGCGCUCGGCCGGGCAGCGGCCCCGGCCCGGGCGGGGCGGGGGGUCCGCGCUCCGCCUGAUUGGCCGCGGCGCGGGGCCCGCGGACGGUGCCGCGGGCGGAGCGGCGGUGGCCGCAGGAUGGGCGGCAGGGCCGGCUUCUUCGAGGUGGAAAUCCUUGAUUGGGAGACAAAGAAACAGCUAUGCUUCCUAGAUAAGGUGGAACCAAAUGCCACAAUUAGAGAGAUCAGAUUGAUGUUCCAUAAAUUAUAUCCUCGGUGGUAUCCAGCAAGGCAGUCAAUAAAACUUGAUCCAAAAGGAAAGUCCCUGAGGGAUGAAGAAAUCCUGCAGCACCUCCCUGUUGGCACAACUGCUACCUUAUACUUUAAAGAUUUAGGGCCACAGAUAGGAUGGACUACGGUAUUUUUGAUAGAAUAUACAGGUCCAUUGUUCAUCUAUUUUCUGUUUUAUUUCCGCAUGACUUUUGUCUAUGGACUGGAUGAGAGGUUUACAUCAAGUCCGCACCCAGUAGUUAACUUGGCAUGUAUCUGCCAUUCUUUCCACUACAUCAAAAGGUUGAUUGAAACAGUAUUUGUUCAUCGAUUCUCCCGUGGGACUAUGCCACUGAGGAAAAUUGUGAAGAACUGCUUUUAUUAUUGGGGAUUUGCAGCUUGGCUUGCAUAUUACAUCAAUCAUCCUCUUUACACUCCUCCCUCUUAUGGGAAAAAACAGAUAAAUUUUGCUGUGAUCAUGUUUCUGCUGUGUGAAGCUGGAAAUUUUUCCAUUCAUGUUGCACUCAGUGACCUCCGGAGAAAUGGAUCCAAAACCCGUAAGAUCCCAUAUCCAACAAAGAAUCCUUUCACAUGGCUGUUUUUCUUUGUAUCUUGCCCUAACUAUACAUAUGAGGUGGGGACCUGGAUCAGUUUCACAAUCAUGACUCAGUGUGUUCCAGUGGGGCUGUUUACCUUGCUUUGCUUCAUUCAGAUGACAAUCUGGGCAAAGGAUAAACACUGCACCUACUUACGAGAAUUCAAGGAUUAUCCAAGUCAUAGAACGCCAAUUAUUCCCUUUUUGUUGUAAGAAAAGAAGGUUUAAUUUGAAUAUUGCACAGAACUUCAAGAAGAAAAACUUCAUAAACCUCCUGCCAAAUAAAUUAAUUAAGUUAAA